UGGUAAUGAACUGGUUCUUGUACAGCUUCAACGGGCAGACCCUAGGCAGAGGUCUUGCUAAAGGUGCGGGAGGUGGUGGUGCUAUGACCAGGACAACAACGAGCAGCGGCGUAAGCACGUACGAGGGGCAACGAGGGUUGGGGAGCAGUAGGUUUGGCAAAGGUUGGAGUUCGACCAGCAAUGGAAGAUCAAUCGAAGCAGUACUGAUGGUUCGGCCUCCUCCUGAACCGCCGCCAUGGUUUGAACGAGAUGAUAGGGUUCGAGAAAUUUAUUUUAUUAGUUAUUGUUAUUUUAUUGUUUGGAUUCUUGCUAAAGUCUACGUUGUUAUGGUUACCGGUAUGAUUGAGAAUUUAGCUUAUUUUUAUGUCGCUAAAAGUAUACAGAUGGAUUAGUGAUAGCGAUUCGUAGUUAGCGGUUCAUGUUGUUCUUUCAGGAAUGACCAUUUCCAUGUCUAAUCGUAAGAUUUACAGUUGUAAUUAGUGGAUGUUAGUUGGUGUCAGGUAUGAUUUUUCUUUGAUUGAUGUAACUAUUAUGAAAGUAAUGAUAUAAAUA